CAUGGGGCUCCACUCCACUCUUUUCUCCUACUCGAACUGGUACGCUUUAGAUUCUCGAAAAACCCUCGUCGUUUUCUCAAAGAGAAUAUCUGGUCUGAAGAGGCUUAUGAGAAUUAGGAGACAGCGUGAAUUCAAGGUGAUGGGUAAGGUUUCGGAAAGACCACCUUUGAGGCGCUGGAAGGGAUCGCCUUCGCUUCCAGUGCCUGAUCAUAAUCCAAGGCCGCCUUAUGUAGGGCAAAUGUCUUACCAAGAGAUUUCCAGCGACAUCAGUUUUCAUGAUUCUGAAGGCACUUGUAUAAAAAUUGAAGGGCCUGUUCGCCUGUGAGCUUGCAGCUCCGCGUUUUGGACUUUGCAAGGAAAAAUGGUACCAUCGGUGACGACGAAUGAGAUUGACAAAGCAGUGCACCAAAUGAUCAUCGAGGCUGGUGCUUAUCCUUCACCUCUGGGAUAUGGAGGAUUCCCCAAGAGUGUGUGCACAUCCGUUAAUGAGUGCAUGUGUCAUGGCAUACCUGAUUCCCGACAGCUACAGGAUGGCGACAUAAUAAACAUUGAUGUGACGGUCUAUUUAAAUGGAUAUCAUGGUGACACAUCAAGGACAUUUCUGUGUGGGAAUGUUAGCAAUGCUCUUCAACGUCUUGUAAAGGUGACUGAAGAGUGCAUGGAGAAAGGGAUAGCUGUUUGCAAGGACGGUGCUAGUUUCAAGAAAAUUGGAAAGAGAAUUAGUGAGCAUGCUGAAAAAUAUGGUUAUGGUGUGGUGGAGCGUUUUGUUGGGCAUGGUGUGGGGGCUGUGUUUCAUUCCGAACCAUUAAUAUUGCAUCACCGAAAUGAAAUGCCUGGUACAAUGGUUGAAGGUCAAACAUUUACUAUUGAACCAAUUCUUACAAUGGGAAGUACCGAGUGUCUAACAUGGCCUGACAACUGGACAACUUUGACAGCAGAUGGCAGCCCUGCUGCACAGUUUGAGCAUACCAUUUUAAUCACCAGAACUGGUGCAGAAAUAUUAACCAAAUCAUAAUUACUAUUUUUUUUUUUGUCUCAAUUAUCUUUUCAUAUAUAUUAUGCAUUUUUGGUAAAGGUAGAAAUCCAUUUCUGAGUAUGUAUCCCUAUGCAUAGAUAAUUUUCUGACAUGUUAAUUUGUACCGUGUAAACUCUGGGUACAAAGUGCACCUGUGGGUUUAUUGAAUGAUUCUCCACGUAUGACAUCCUCUAAUGCUUUUAAUAUGAAGCUAUGCGGAUCUCUCUUGGAAAGCCUGAUUGCUUGGUAGGCUUGCAGGUUUAUACUUACAAUAAUGGAAGAAAUCCAUUCUGAAGUCCAAUCUAUUGUGGUUGAUCGCUGUGGUUUUUGGCAUGUGAGACUUGUUUGCAUUCCUCACUCCUUUGUGAUUGGGUGCAAGGUUUCUGGAGACCACAGCAUGCAAGAAUUUCUUCCAUUAGCCACGCCGAUAUAUGUGAAUGGUUUGAGAGUAUUCCAACAACUACAAGGAUUCUGAUUUUGCUCUGUUUCUUAUCCAAGUGUGGAGCGUUUGAAACAGAGGAAUGUCAGAAUGUUUUGUAAAGAGUCGCCAUCUCCCUUGUGCUUAUUAAACGGGGUUAAGAUUAUUUAGUGGCGUUUUUUAGCAUUAAAGACAGAAGCUACUAAUAUUUUUGUAACUCGGUGGUCAGCCCCGGAGGUUUAGUUUAAGAUUAAUGUAAACACGGGUUUAUGUUGUCACUGGUGUGAGUUCUGGUGUUGUGAUUAGAGACUUAGAUGGGCAGCGUUUACCUAACUUGUAUCUUUGAUGUAGAAACGGCUGAAGCUGUAGGUAUUCUCUGUGGACUGUGUGUGACGGGCAUUAAUUGAAUUUUCUUGUUUCUAUUUAUUCUCUCUUUGUUAUA